AUGCCUCCCGCCCGACGCCAACGCAUAGCUGUACAACAACGCGCGGAGAAUGCAAAUCAGCCAUCGGUAAACGAUCUUCGACAACAAUGUCUAGACAAAGGUUUAUCUGACCAUGGUCGUCGAAAUACGCUAGUCGCAAGACUGCAACAACAUGCUUCAACGUCGUCGUCGAACAAUACCGCCACAGAAGCUGCGACAAUUGUUGAUACUGCGAACAACAGCGAGCAAACACCACUCGUCGAGCGAAGAUCUGUGUCACACGAAAGCUCAAGCGAAAACCCUCUGCUGAACGACGCUCAGUUGGCCCAAAUCGAACAAUCGGUGAACGAUAUCGCAACAAACGCCGCUCGCGCUCGUGCUGCAGUACAAGCCAUGGCAACUGCGCCUUCGUCAGCGCCUACGAAUGAGCCACAACAAAUCACGGGCACGGAGCUUUGCCCAGUGUUGAUAAACGACACCACGCCAAUCUCGACGCCAAGGUUCCAAACGUUCGAGCCCGAAGCGCCACAUUCCUCUUCGCAGAGUCUUCCCGUUAGUAAUCAUCUCCCAUACGGACAAUCUUUCCACGACCUACCGGCAUCGUACGUGAAGAAGAUCCGGUCGGGUGAGUUUUUUGAGCUAUCAAAACUUUUGCCAAAAAAUUUAUGCAAUACGGUAGACGAACAGCCCGUUGUACUAACGGUCGAAAAUUCUAUUGUUAAAGUUAAGCAGUCCACUCAGUCCACAACAAAUAUCACGGACAUUGAUAAGUGGACAACAGGCUUCACCACCUAUAUGAGCGUUUUCACGCAUCAAUCCCUAACAGAGCCCAGGAAUUGUUGCAAUAUAUGA